AUGGAAAAUAACGAAAAGAAUUCAGCAAGAAAAAAAUGUCUUUUGCAAGCGGUGGAUAAAUUAGGCCAAGGAUCCAAACUCAUGCGGAUAAUCGUCGCCAUUAAUCUUUUUACAUUAUUAUUGUUUGGACUUAAUUCCAUAUCAUAUAUCUUCAUUGCCGAGGAAACUGACUUCCAAUGCUCGAUCCAUGAACUAGUAACAGCAAAUUGGACAAUAGAUCAAAUUAAUGAAAUUUCACCUGAUGAUUCGUGCCGAAAAUAUGAUCAUAAUUAUACACAUUUAGUAAAAUUGGGUUAUAAUAAAGCAUUGAAAUUCGUAAAAGAAUCAGAAUUUUUACCGAAUACAGUUUCUUGUACGUCAUUCACUUUCAAUAACUGUGAACGCUCGACAAUUGUUGAUGAGUGGGAAUUAGUUUGUGAUCAAAAAGUAUAUCGAACAUACACAUUUUUAGUGUACUCAUUGGGCACCGUUUUUGGCGCAGCUAUUGUAGGUAUAUUUGCAGAUAAAUAUGGCCGUAAAACAUUAUUGAUGAUUGGUAUAAUAUUGCAAAUCGCUUCUGGACCUGCAAGUGCAUUAGUACCUUGGUUUUGGACUUUUUUGCUGACUAGGUACCUCACAGGAGUGAGUACGGGUGCGAUGUUUACAACAGCAUACACAAUUUUGUCAGAAAUUGUGAAAAAAGAUAAACGAAAAGUAUUGGUAGCUGGUCUUGAUUCGAUGUUAUCAAUUGGAACUUUUUUUGUAAUAUGUAUGGCCUAUAUUUUACCAAAUUGGCGUGAAUUGCAGUUGGGAAUAUCAUGCUUCUUGAUCCCUGUUUUAAGUCUUGUUUGGCUUAUACCAGAGUCACCAAGAUGGUUAAUAUCCCAGAAUCGGUACGACGAAGCUCAAAAAAUAAUUGAACGAUAUAAUAAAUCGUUUGUCGAACCACCGACUUACAGUAUAGAGAAUCCGACAUUUAAAUUUUCAGCACCAAAAUGUCUUGAAACAAUAAAGAAAAAUAAAGGUUUUUUCUAUCGAGCUUUUGAAAGUCUGAUAAUUUUAUUUACUACUUCAGAUUUGAGAAGAAAAAUUUUAGUUAUGUUCUUUACAUUCUACGUUACAAUGAUUGUUGAUUAUAUACUCAUUUUUAGUGCUGACAAUUUCAACUCGGACCAGUACAUUUAUAUAUCCAUAGCAGUAAUCAAUGAAAUUUUAGCAAACAUGACCAUUUUAGUGGUCAUGAUUGUUUUAAACACUAGAGAAUCGCUUAUCAUAGUUUACAUACUCGCAUUUUUUUUCAUGAUUACAAUCACGGCGAUUCCUACCGAAAAUAAAAACAUUAUUAUUGGAUUGGCGUUAGCAGCCAAGUGUUGUAAUUCAGCAAGUUUUACUGGCAACUUGGUAUGGAAUUCAGAGUCAUUCCCUUCAAAUAUAAAGAGUACAGCUUUGGGACUGUGCAUAGUUAUGGGUCAAGUUGGGUCAAUGACAGCACCUUUUAUUGUUGAUUUACUAGGAAAGAUUGCUUUGUGGGUGCCUACUACGAUUGGAAGUAUUUUGGCUUUGAUAGCUGGAUUAUUAUGCUUCAUACCUCAAACAGUACUUGAUGAUGAAAGUGAAUUGAACGUAGACAAAGAAGUAUAA